AUGACUUCUUCACUUCGAUUUUUGGGCUUAUUAGCCAUUUCAGGACUGGUCUCUGCUGCAGAGGCACCGGCAGCAACUGGGCCGGCGGCGGCAGCAGCAGCGGUCGAGGCUGCCAAAGCUAAAGCUCACAACCAGGAUUUUUACAACUAUAUCUUCAUCGUACUAGCCUCGCUGAUUGCAGCUUUCACGUUAUGGAGGGUGGGCAUCGAGAGCGUCAAAUACGUGCGGACACUUACAUGUCUAAACAACGAUACGCAGAAAUACUUCGCUGUUCCCUCAAAGAGCUGGGCGAGUUUCAAGAAGCACUUGCUAUAUGCCCCUGUAUUCAGCAAGAGACACAACAGGGAAAUUCAGUUGUCUUCGGCAAUGAACGUGGGAACGCUACCGACUCGAUUCCAGUUGAUAUUUCUACUUUCGUAUUUCGGCACCAACGUUAUAUUCUGCGUUUAUAGCAUUGAUUGGGCACUUCCAGCUGCAUCUGCUGCUAAGGAGUUGAGGAACCGGACUGGCAUACUCGCCGUUGUCAACAUGAUCCCCCUCUUCGUCAUGGCUGCUCGCAAUAACCCUUUGAUGAACUGGUUGAAUUUGUCUUUCGAUUCCUUCAAUUUGUUGCAUAGAUGGACCGGCAGAAUCGUUGUCCUCGAAGCAAUUACUCACGCGAUUUCUUGGGGCGUUUCAGCUUACAUCGGAGGUGGAUGGGCAGCGAUUUCUAAGGCUAUCACAGGAACUCCCUUCAUCACCUAUGGCUUCAUUGCUAUUGUUGCGUUUGUAGUCAUUGCCUUCCAAGCCAACUCCAUUCUCCGACAUGCUUUCUAUGAGACUUUCAAGUAUCUCCACAUUGCUUUGGUUAUAUUGGUUAUCAUCGGCCUUUGGUAUCACUUGAAGCUUGCCAAGCUUCCCCAGAUCACCCUUCUUUAUGGAGUUAUUGCACUAUGGGGGGCAGAGCGCGCUACAAGAAUUCUCAAGGUCAUGUACAGGAACGUUGGAAAAGGGGGAUCACAGACGUUGGUGGAGGCACUUCCAGGAAAUGCGAGCCGUGUCACCAUCACAAUGGCCCGACCAUGGACCUUCAAGCCGGGCCAGCACGCCUAUCUCUACAUGCCGGCAAUUGGCAUGAUGACUUCCCACCCCUUUUCGAUUGCGUGGUCUGAGGAAGCAGAGAACCUGGACCCAGAAAAGCUCGCAAUGAACCGCCAAGAUAUCUUGGAAAUGCAGAAGACGCAGAUGUCUUUCAUCAUUCGUGCCAGAACAGGAUUCACGAGCAAGCUAUACAAGAAAGCCGAAGCAGCACCCGGUGGCAAAUUUUACACCAAGUGUUUUGCAGAGGGUCCAUAUGGAGGCAUGCAUAUGAUGCAUUCCUACGGGUCCGUCAUGAUGUUUGCAGGAGGGGUAGGAAUCACCCAUCAAGUACCACAUGUCAGAGAUUUAGUCGCCGGUUACGCAAACGGAACAGUCGCUGCGCGUAAGAUCGUGCUCGUUUGGAUCAUCCAAUCUCCCGAACAUCUGGAAUGGAUCCGACCGUGGAUGACAGCCAUCCUGGCUAUGGACAAACGCCGCGACGUGCUACGCAUCAUGUUAUUCGUCAGCCGUCCCCGCUCAACCAAGGAAAUUCACAGCCCUUCCGCAACGGUACAAAUGUUCCCUGGUCGACCAAACAUCGAGACGCUUAUGGAUAUCGAGAUGGAAAACCAGGUCGGCGCUUUGGGCGUCUCGGUUUGCGGUAGUGGAGCGCUGAGUGAUGAUGUGAGGAGGGCAGUGCGCACGCGUCAGCACGCCGGGAACAUUGACUUCGUCGAGGAAGCCUUCUCGUGGUGA